AAGGCCCAAAUGGCCCGGCUCAGAUAUAAGUCCACCAGCACCCAGCCGUCUCCUCCCCUCGCGAAAACCCUAGCCGCACGGUGCUUCCCUUCGCUCUCCAACCCCUCGAGGUAUUCCAUUCGCAGUCGGCCAGGUCCUCGGAGCGCGGGAGAUGGCGGAUCAGGAGACCCCUGUUGCGGUUGAGGCACCUACCCCUGUUCUUGGGGAGCCGAUGGACUUGAUGACUGCCCUGCAGCUCGUCAUGAAGAAGUCCAGUGCGCAUGAUGGGCUUGUGAAGGGCCUUCGUGAGGCUGCCAAAGCCAUUGAGAAGCAUGCUGCUCAGCUUUGCGUGCUUGCUGAUGACUGUGACCAGCCUGAUUAUGUCAAACUGGUGAAGGCACUGUGCUCUGAGCACAAUGUUCAUCUGGUUACCGUGCCUAGUGCCAAAACUCUUGGCGAGUGGGCUGGGCUUUGCAAGAUUGACUCUGAGGGCAAGGCAAGGAAGGUUGUAGGCUGCUCCUGUGUCGUCAUCAAGGACUAUGGUGAAGAAUCUGAGGGCCUUAACAUAGUGCAGGAGUACGUCAAAUCCCACUAAACGUGAUGCACUUAGGUGCCUGGAUCUUUAUGUUCAACAUUUUGGACCUCGGUUUGAAAUUUACGCUUGGUAACUGGGCUUGCUAGGAUAUUAGUGCAAUUUUCAAGUGUGAGCCAAGGAGAGAUGUGAACGAUUUGGACAUCUGAACUCUAGUUUGAAGAGCCGUAUUGUCUGCUUUUAAUACAAAUCAUGAUGAAGAGCUGGCAUUAUUCUUGUUU